AUGAGGCUCAUUAGCUAUAUUAUUCUGAGUUUUUUGUGGAUCAGUUCGAUAUCUUAUGCAGAUCAUGGGGAGAUCAUUGUGGAUACAAGGCCAGAUCAGGAAUGGGCGAAAAUCCUAACGCCUGAACAGUAUAAGAUUUUGCGUGAAGAAGGAACGGAGCCUCCUCAUAGCAGCCCUUUAAAUCAUGAACAUAGAGAAGGAACCUUCGUAUGUGCCGCGUGUGAGCUGACGCUUUUUGAAUCACGCACAAAGUACGAUAGUGGAACAGGCUGGCCCAGUUUUUGGGAACCAAUUGAAAGACACAUUAAAACUAAAGAAGAUCGAAAGCUUCUUUUCUUCGUCCGUACAGAAUACCAUUGUGCACGAUGUGGCGGUCAUCAAGGCCAUGUUUUUGAGGAUGGGCCAGAACCUACAGGAAAACGCUAUUGCAAUAAUGGGGUUGCUUUAAAGUUCAUCCCUAAGGGAGAAGAAAGUGCGUAA